CUGAAGUGUGCAGUUCUCCAGUGUUCGAGUCAAAGGCUUUGAGAUGGCAGGUCAAGUUGUGCUGCAUGUGUGCUUAAGAGGGAAGAAAAGAAAAAGCAUUCAGCUUGUUUCAACAUGGCAAAUACUGUCUAUGAUCGUGGACCUGUCCUGAGUCAUGUUGACUUUCACUGUGAGAAGAACAACAAAGAGCACAGGACCGCAGAGAUUAGUACCAAGAGUCUGAUAAUCCGGCGAGGCCAGACUUUCCACAUCACGAUCCACUUCAAUAAAAAUCAGUAUGAUCCAGAUAACGAUAGAAUUAAAUUUGUUGCUCAGACAGGGCCAGAACCUUCAGAGAACUCUGGAACUAAGGUAUUGUUUCCACUGACAGAGUCCAUAAAUAGAAAGCGAUGGAGUGCAGUUGCUGAAUCCUUCUCCCGAGGCAAAUUAUCCCUAGAAAUAUCUUCAUCUCCAUAUGCUAAGAUUGGCCAUCACGUCUUAAUGCUCCAGAAGCUAUCUUCAACCCAGAUUGAGAGCUACCUGUUAGGGGAGUUGGUAUUGCUUUUCAAUCCAUGGUGCUCAGAGGAUGAAGUCUUUCUGAAAGACAAUGAACAGCUUAAGGAAUAUGUGCUAAAUGAGCAAGGGAUUAUCUUUACUGGCUGCACUGAUUAUAUUCAAAGCCUACCUUGGAACUAUGGACAGUUUGAAGAGGACAUAUUGGAUAUCUGUCUUAAGUUAUUAGACAAUAGCCCCAAGCAUCUGAAAAAUCCAGCAAAGGACAUCAUGCGUCGAUCUUCUCCUGUUUAUAUAUGUAGGACAGUGUCUGCUAUGGUGAAUUGCAAUGAUGACAAUGGAAUACUUUUUGGCAAAUGGGAUGAUCCUUAUACUGAUGGAGUAUAUCCAGGAAAAUGGAACGGAAGUGUUGCCAUUCUCCGACAAUGGAACAACAAUGGCUGUCAGCCAGUUUGCUAUGGACAAUGUUGGGUCUUUGCAGCUGUGGCUUGCACAGUUUUGAGGUGCUUGGGAAUUCCUACCCGUGUUGUCACAAACUUUGAGUCUGCUCAUGACACCAAUGGGAAUUUAACAAUUGAUACUGAGUAUGAUGAUGAAGGGAUGGAUCUCGGAAGAUCGGAAGACAGUAUUUGGAAUUUCCAUGUCUGGAUAGAAUCGUGGAUGGCACGAUAUGAUCUGAGGCCUGGUAAUGAUGGAUGGCAGGUACUUGAUCCAACACCACAAGAAAAAAGUGAAGGAGUCUACUGCUGUGGCCCAGCCCCAGUUAAAGCGAUCAAAGAAGGGGAGACAGAUAUAUUCUAUGACGUUCCCUUUAUAUUCGCUGAAGUCAAUGCAGAUUGUGUGACUUGGAUUUGUUCUGAUAAGGGAAAAAGGAGGAAAAUUGACUCCAACACCAAACACGUUGGUCAAAAGAUCAGCACCAAGUGUGUUGGUAGUGAUGAACGUGAAGAUAUCACGAACAAUUAUAAGUAUUCAGAAGGUUCCCAUGUAGAAAGACAUGUUUUUAAAAUGGCUGACAAAAGAAAGGCCUCUCAGAAGCCAGAGAAACAACUUGACUUGUAUUUGAAGGCUGAUGGUCCAAAUUACAAUGGGGCCAAUGUUAAAAUAUCUGCCAUCAUUUCCAACAAGAAUUCAAAGAAUAAGGUUUACACAUUCAAAUUAAGUGCUUUCAAAAAGAAAUACAGUAAGCGCUCCAGAGGAAAAUGUAUAAAGAGGUAUCAGGAGGAGAUUACUGUUCAUUCCAAUGAGGAUAAAAUAGUGGAAAUGGAACUGGCCUAUGAAGAGUAUGGGGAGUUUCUUGACAAGUAUAAUCUAAUCAGGCUGACAGCUUUUGCAAUUGAUGGAGAAACGCAGGAAAGUGCAUUUGCAUUGAAGGAUAUCUCCUUGAUUAAUCCUAAUAUUACGAUGCAGGUAUUAGGAACACCCGUGGUUUCACAAAAGCUGACCAUAGCAAUCAGUUUUGAAAAUCUUUUACCUGUCCCACUGAACAACUGUACCUUCACUCUUGAAGGAGCUGGUCUGAUUGAUGGCCAGUUGGAAAUUGGGCUUGGCCAGUUAAAUCCUGGAGAAGUGACUAAAAAGGAGGUUUCAUUCAUUCCCAAAAAAACAGGACUGAGGAAGUUAACCACUGAUUUUGAUAGUGACAAGCUGAAGGAUGUGAAAGGUUAUCUAAAUAUUGAAAUUCAAGGUGGAAUAUGAUCCGAAAAGUUCUGGGAUAUUUUACAGAAUAUGUAAUACGAAUUUGUUCAGUCAUUUUUUUUUAGAAUUUUAGACUUUUGUAGAAAUUAGAGACAUAUUGCUUUUAGGUGGCACAUUUGAAGUUUUCACUUGUUACAAAUACAUUCUCAGCAUUAUUACUUGUGCAAUUUGCAUACUGUUUGCUUGUCUGCUUUAGUAAUCACUGAUUUUAGAUUAUCUUGUUCUUGUGUGAAAUUGUGUUUACUCUAAUACUUAGCGGGGGGGUGGGGGGGGGGAGAUCACCAAUAUCACUUAGUGGCAAAAAAACAUCUGAAUCUGUUCAACUGAUUAAAAAUCUUGAGUUCUUAAAAUUUCACAAUUUUCUCAUUGGAAGUUCCGUUUCCUUGACUUGGCAUUAAAGAGAGGAAGUAAUUUCUCCCUUUGCACUUAGAUGCAAAAUGUUUGUUGGUCAGUUACUGAGAAUUGUUUCUAAAUUGAUGUUCAGUCACUGAGCUGAUAACUCAUUCAUGGUGAUUUCCAGAGCUCAAAUUUUGACUUUGUGCUUUACUAAGUGAAAGAGGCUGAUAGCAUUGGUGACAAUGUGGUGUCUUCUCCUGCCUGUUUACACAGAUUUACCAUAUGUUGACAAUGAGUGAUGAGGGAAAUGUGGGUAAAAGGAGGAAGCUAGCUUUGGACUAAUUGAGAUGUUCUGAGCUGAUUUUGUAAAGAACCGUUUUACAGAAUUCGUUGUGAGCUGCAUAUUUUUGAUUGCUUAAUUAGUACAAUCAACUUUUGAUGUGGAAAUUUUAACUGAUCAAUCUGGAGUUUCUUAAUUCAUCUGUUGUCCAACUUGCCCCUUCCUUCAGUGACAUUACCUGCGGACACUUACUCCAAUGGACUUGCAGAUGAACUGGUCAUUAAAAGCACAUCUUUUUUAUUCUCAAGUUGUAACAUUUAAUUAUGUGAUUAUGAACAUUUGCAACAUUUUCAUUUCUGUUACUGGUCACAAAGUGCAACAUAUAGUGUGGUAUGACUUCCAUUUUCCUCAAUUUUUCAAUAAAUGAUAAAAUGUGGUGGAUUUGAAUAAGGGCAAUAUCCUGGGAUUUUUUUUUAUUACUGCUGAUGUUAACUAUGGCUAUCCUGGCUGACUUUGUUUUUGAUAGCAGAUUGAAAUAAAAUGAAUGAAUUUGUUAAGUCAUUUCGUCAGGAUCUAAUCAUGACCUUAUCUGUGGUUUUCAAAGGGAGUGUGAAGGAAAUAAAAACAGUUGGCAUGGAGAAGUCCCAUGUUGAAUAACUUCAUGAUUCUAUCACUGGAUAAAAGUUUUAUAUGUUAUUUCUUUGCAGAUCCACUGGUGAUUCUUCAAAGUUACAUUUGGCCAUAAGGAGAAAUCACACAAAAUUUAUUGUUGUAAAGUUAUAAUUCAUUUGGACAUUGCAUAUAGAGAACGUCUUAAUUCUACAUAGUCUAAAUAGGAGAAAGAUAUUUGUUAUUUUCAACUAAUUUUUAAUAUUUUGUGUGGAACAGUUCCUCAUUGGCAUCUCGUUGAGCUGAUUAAAGCUCCCUCUCAAAGCUCCUUCAUAUUAUUCCGUAUGUUUGUGAAGGGGCAACUGAAGCAGAGAUGUCAUAGCUGACAACCUCACAAAUUUGACUCGUCAAUCAUUUCUCUUGUCCAAUAACAAAAGUGGGAUCAUUUCUCAUUUUUCUAUAUCGUGGAACAAAGCAACUCUUUCAUACUCCACCCUGCAAUGUGCAAAUAAGCCCUUUGUUUCACCGUGGAAGGGAGUGCUGGGAGACAAGUCCUCAAAACAAAUGACUGAACAUUAAUGACGCCCUGCCUCCUGUGUGCACUGAGAUGUGAAGAGCCUGCGGUGGCGCUGCACAGCUCCAGGUACCAGCAGCAGUUCCCAAAAAUUCUUCCUGAUUUACUAACAGGUUAAUUACAUGAUUAUCAAGGUCCUCUCCCAGGCAAUAAUGAGGCUCUGAACAUUCUCGAUUACUACAGGCAGCCUAUGUCACUUGCAUUCCUGAUACCAGAUUUCUGAAACAACAGCCCUUUUCUGAGCCAAUGUGUUGAAAUAGACAGUGAAACCAUUUCAAUGACAUUCUUACAGUCCUGUGAAAAAUGCAAGACUCCCUCAAAAUAGUUGGUCUGUUGUAAGACUGGAGAAGGAUCUGCUGACAAAUGAGAAUAUUUGCAAAUGCUGGAAAUCUGAGCAACAUGCACACAGUGCUGGAGGAACUCAGCAGGCCAGGCAGCACCUAGGAAAAGAGUACAGAUGACUUUUCGACCUGAAACCCUUCUGUGUGGGAUCUUGAGUCUCUAUACUGGGAGCAUAUGGAAACUAAGCUUUAUUAGUUACAAAUAUCUAAAACCAAGUGACCCACCCACCCUGUCACAACCUACCCUGUGCCCAUACCCCUUGAUACCCUGGCUAAUAUUUGCUCUACCUGUUUUGAGUAUGCAGAAUCAUCAGCUGCCUGAGAGCUCAUAGGAAAGGAGAAACAGUCAUUUUCCUCCUGAGGCACAAAUCAGAUUAGGUAAAUCAGAUAGUUGAAAAUGAAUGAUCACAAGCUGUGGCAUGUUGAUAUGAGAAACCAUUAUCAAGGACAUCAGAAGCAUGCCUGAAGUUAUUGACUUAGCUGAUUAUAAGACCGUAAAAUAUAGGAGCAAAAGUAGGCCAUUCAGCCCAUUGAGUCUGCCCCACCAUUCAAUCAUGGGCUAAUCAAAUUCUUCCAGUCAUCCCCACUCCCCUUCCUUCUCCCCAUACCUUUUGAUGCCCUGGCUAAUCAAGAGCCUAUCUAUCUCUGCCUUAAAUACACACAAUAACCUGGCCUCCACAGGUGCUCAUGGCAAUAGAUUCCACAGAUUUACCAUCCUCUGACUAAAGUAAUUUCUCAGUGUCUCUAUUCUAAAUAAACAUCCUUCAAUCCUGAAAUCAUGCCCUCUUGUCCUAGACUCCCCUAACAUAGGAAAUAACUUUGCCAUAUCUAAUCUGUUCAGGCCUUUUAAUGUUUCAUUAAAUGUUUCAGUGAGAUUCCCCUUCUUUCUCCUGAACUCAAGGGAAUGCAGCCCAAGAGCUGUCAGACAUUCUUCAUAUGGUAAACCUCUCAUUCCUGGAAUCAUUCUCGUGAAUCUUCUUUGAACCUUCUCCAGUGUCAGAAUAUCCUUUCCUAAAUAAGGUGCCAAAAACUGCACACAAUAUUUCAAGUGUGGUCUUACAAGUGCCUUAUAGAGCCUCAACAUCACAUCCCUGCUCUUAUAUUCUAUACUUCUAGAAAUGAAUGUCACCACUGCAUUUGUCUUCCUCACCACUGACUCAACCUGGAGGUUAACCUUUAUCCUGCACAAGGACUCCCAGGUCCCUGUGCACCUCUGCAUUUUGAAUUCUCUCACCAUCUAAAAAAUAGUCUGCUCAUUUAUUUCUUCCAAUGAAGUGCAUGACCAUACACUUUCCAACAUUGUAUUUCAUUUGUCACUUCUCUGCCCAUUCCCCUAAACUUUCUAAAUCUAUCUGCAGGCUCUGUUUCCUCGACAGUACCCUCUCCUCCACCUAUCUUUGGAUCAUUGGCAAACUCAGCCACAAAUCCAUUAAUCCCAUAGUCCAGAUCAUUGACAUACAUUGUAAAAAGCAACGGUUUCAAUACAAACCCCUGUGGAACUCCGCUGGUAACUGGCAGCCAGCCAGAAUAGGAUCCCUUUAUUCCCAUUCUCUGUUUUUUUGCCAAUCAGCCAAUGCUACCCCCAUGCUAAUAACUUUCCUGUAGUAGAAGACAAUGGAGUGUUGGUGAGAGACUGCUGGGAGAUGUGGAUUGGAACAUGAUUAAGUCAAUGGGACGUACGUGUGAAACUGGACCAGGAUUUUGCUAUAAAAAAUGCCGUGUCCGAGGAUCGGUGGGCAAUCAGCGACUAGCUCAAUGAUUGUCUCAGCUUUGAUUUGCAAAUUAAAG